GGCAUUUCGAAUUUAUCUUCUUCGGCAAUCCAUUUUGUUGCCAAGCCAACGGCAGUACCUUCUUCCAACAAAUCAGAGCGUUUGGCAAAAUCAUAAUUUACGAGAUAAUCGAAGAUUGCGUCGUAUCGGCUUUUGGUCGGCACUGCAACCGGUGUCGGAGCCCUUGUAGGAGAAGAAAUUGGUGUCGCAGUGAUAAUUUUGGAUCCGCUGGCGUAAGAACCACUGCCUGUGUCCGCUUCAACGGCAGCAACUUCGGAUUUGCCGCCUUGAUUUUUCAUCGCGAGAGGGACGGCGAUGCUUAAAGACGACAAUCAAACAGAAGCCGGCGAGAGGAUAGAAUUUGUCAGAAUCGAAUCGAAUUUCAUCCGCACCCAAAAAAGUCUUGAGGGGUGGAUUCUUUCGUUUUGGAAAAAUGACACGACAAAUAAAAAAAUGGACACAAAAUUGACACCCAACAGUACAAAUACUCACGCCGUAAUGAGGGCAGUGAACAGGAAUAGACCCAAGAAAGUGAAAAGACCGGCACGAGACUUGACCAUAUUUGAGGCUCCAUCUGCCAGAGAUGUCGCCCCCCCUUUAUUCUUGAAGGACACGGUCGCCUUGUAAUCGUCGACGGUUGGGAGCUGAUCAUGGACGUUGUCGUCCUCGCCAUCUCCGGGAUUGUCUACAGCAACAUCGGAGAAUGCAUUUCCAUCUGCCAUGAUUCCGUCCUGAUUUUCCACGUCGGCGGGAUUGACGUCCAUAAAAUCAUCAUCUGAGG